GCGCUGGGAGGCCUGAUGGCGAAAAAAACUCCGUUACCCAGCGAGCCCAAAAACGGCGCAGGACCCUUGGACUUCACUUCCCGUCGGCCCGUUGGGAGGGCGCCGGAAGCCCGCCCCGCCCCUCAUUGUGCGGCUUAUACUAAACGGAAGGGGCCGGGAGAGGCCGCGUUCAGUCGGAUCCCGGCAGCAGCUGCAGCGGCUCUCAUCUUUUCUGACUCUCCUUGCUAUCUCCCUUUCGCUUCCGGAAACAUGGCUUCUGGUGUGGCGGUCUCUGAUGGUGUCAUCAAAGUGUUCAAUGACAUGAAGGUUCGUAAGUCCUCGACACCAGAGGAGGUGAAGAAGCGCAAGAAGGCGGUCCUCUUCUGCCUGAGCGAGGACAAGAAGAACAUCAUCCUGGAGGAGGGCAAGGAGAUCCUGGUGGGGGACGUGGGUCAGACUGUAGACGACCCCUACGCCACCUUUGUCAAGAUGCUGCCAGACAAGGACUGCCGCUACGCCCUCUAUGAUGCCACCUAUGAGACCAAGGAGAGCAAGAAGGAGGACCUGGUGUUUAUCUUCUGGGCACCUGAAUGUGCACCUCUUAAGAGCAAAAUGAUUUACGCCAGCUCCAAGGACGCCAUCAAGAAGAAGCUGACGGGGAUCAAGCACGAAUUACAAGCAAACUGCUACGAGGAGGUCAAGGACCGCUGCACCCUGGCAGAGAAACUGGGGGGCAGUGCCGUCAUCUCCCUGGAGGGCAAGCCUUUGUGAGCCCCCUCCAGCCCCCUGCCUGGAGCAUCUGGCAGCCCCAGACCUGCCUGUGGGGGUUGCAGGCUGCCCCCUUCCUGCCAGACCGGAGGGGCUGGGGGGAUCCCAGCAGGGGGAGGGCAAUCCCUUCACCCCAGUUGCCAAACAGCCCCCCCACCCCCUGGACCUUCACCCUCCCUCCAUCCCUGACGGUUCUGGCCUUCCCAAACUGCUUUUGAUCUUCUGAUUCCUCUUGGGUUGAAGCAGACCAAGUUCCCCCCAGGCACCCCAGUUUGGGGGGGGGCCUGUAUUUUUUUUAACGAUCCCCCAAUUCCCUACCUGUUCCUCCCUUUUCCCGUGCUGCCAACUUCUAACCGCAAUAGUGACUCUGUGCUUGUCUGUUUAGUUCUGUGUAUAAAUGGAAUGUCGUGGAGAUGACCCCUCCUUGCGCCGCCUGGUUCCCCUCCCCUUUACCCCUGGUCUUGGCCACUCGUGGAGGCAGGACCACUAAGGGACCUUCAAUUAAAAGAAAAAAAACACACACACACAACAAUAAAAGGCUCACUAAUGGGA